GCAUCGCAGAAACCAGGCGGCGCAUCUUUCUCUAUCAUAUUGAAGUCAGAGCGUCUUUUCGCAUAUGUCACAGCAAAUGGUUGCCGUUGCGGGGCCCAGCGGCGUGAACCCACGCCGACGAAAGCUAGUCGACCAAGAUGUUCCUCCUGAAUUGCGCACGAAAAGGGCUAAACGAGCGCGUAUUGCUCGUCGCCAGCGCCGGCAGCGUAUUAUUGAAGAGGAGGAAGAGUACCAACAGCUUGUACUUUUCUGGAUAAGAGUCAUCCAGUACUUCAUGAAUAAGGCCGCAAGAACAAAAGAAGCAACAGAAUCACCCACAGCGUCAGAGUCCGGCCCAUCAGCAGGGUCCGGCCCAUCAUCAGGGUCCAGCCCAUCAUCAGGAUCUGCAGGAUGUGGCCCAUCAGCAGGGUCUGGCCCAUCAUCAGGGUCCGGCCCAGCGUCAGGGUCCAGUCCAUCUGCGUCCUGCCCUUCGUCAGCGUCCGGCCCUUCGUCACCGUCCGGUACUUCGUCAGUGACAUUGCAGCCAUCGGUGGCAUCACAGGCAUCACACAAUGAUCCAGACCACUGUGCAUUGGCGGCAUUGGCACCAUCAGCGGCAUCGGCACCAUUGGCGGCAGCAGCAGCUGAGCAGCCCAAGACAUCAGCUGAACCACCACUACCGCCAAUAUCAACACAGCCACCAACCCCACCAGCAUCUCUGACAGACACAGCACCAUUAGCACCACUGUCGCCAGCAUCUGCACCCUGUACUGCAGUACCAAAUGAACAGAUCAUCAUCUCCGCAGUGCCGAAAUUGCCGUUUCUAGGUGAAAAUGCAGGCAGUGCUGAUGUGGUAUUGGCACAGGGAUCUGACGAAGACCUGAUUGUGGAAUAUGACGAUUCCAUACCAUUGUUCGAGAGCGAUACACAUGAUAUGUACGUGAUCGUGGAUGAUUCAGAUUACACCUUCGAAUUGCCCUUCGAGUGUAUGGAACGUGAAAGGAAUCACGUAGAAUACGUGAUUGUAUAAAAAUUAUCCUCAUUCUCAGCUGAAUAUCUUAUACCUUACUAUUAUCAAUUAUUCAUAAAUAUAAACAUUUUAUUGCCUAUCAUAAUACAGAAAUAGUGUCU